UAGUACCACCGCUGUCAAAACCGUGGUGAGCCGAGGCGCGAGCGGUACUUUGACGAAGGAUUCACGUGCGCAAUUUUGUUUCGAGGAUAUUGUUUUCGUGAUUUUUUGUUGGACUUUUGGUUAAUUAAUGGAACCUUAGAGAAGGAUCGAAAAGUGACGUCACACGCCCAUCACCUUGGAUCCAUCAGAGUGGAUCCAACCAACCUAAAAAUGUGGCUGAACGAUUCAAGAACGCGAGUAUUGGACGACUCCGACUUGGACAGCGUCAGUAGCGGCGAAGAGAUCCCGAUUUGGAUUAGGGGGGAACAAAGAUGGGUUUCUGGGAUAACCGAAGAUACCACCUGCCAAGAUGUCGUCGGAGUUCUUCUCCAAGACGAGGAAAGAAGGGGUAGACCAAUAAGUACAUCACAGCAAUACCAAAUAACCGAACGAUGGAGGGGUGUAGAACAACCGUUGCAAGAAUUUUCCAAAAUUUUAGAUAUCUGGAAUGCCUGGGGUACAGCACAAUCAGAAGUCAAAAUAUCUUUACGGAGAGUGAAACACGAUAUGCACAGGCCGCCAAGCCGAAGAACUAGGAAAUCAGAUUCGAGCACGUGGUCAGACAAGGGGGCCUUCAAAACCAUUCACCCUCGUAGAUUGCAAGCCCUGCAAAACGAAAAGCAGCCAUCCAGCACGGAGGAGCUGCUCAAACUAGUCCUUGCGCAAGGAGAGGUCAUCAGGAGGCAAUUGAAAAAAUUGAGGCACAGCGAACACCAGAUUGGGCACCUCGAGGACCAAACGCACAGGGCCAGGGUACGCAAGCACGGCAGCAACUACCUGCUGGAGACCUACUUGAAGGGACUGCCUGAGGCGCUGGACCCAGGACAGGAUGACGGCCAGACAGUGGACAAGAACAGCGAUAGCGGGGUGGUGACAGAGGGCGAUAGUGAGCAGUCGAAUACCCAUCCGAAAUUGUCCAGGACUGCAGAGACCAUCUCCGAGAGACUCUCCCCCUCUUCCGAAGAGUUCCACAAAGACCUCAAGGAUGACGACACCAGCUCCGCGAUCAGCGAGACGAGCGUCAAGGAGCAGCUGCAGCUGUACGAGAAGAUCGCGAAGCUGAACAAGCGGCUGCUGCAGCAGGAGGAGCACCUGGUGCGGCUGGACGCCAACCUCAAGAAGUACGACAAGGAGAAACGGGACGGGGACAACGUCCAGACACGGAAAGAAUUGUGCAACCUGACCAACCUGCGCACCGAGAUGACGAAGACCUCGUGCGAGAUGCAGCACAACGAGGUCGUGCUGGAGGAGGCCGCCGAGAGGCUGGAGACGAGGAGGGCGGUCCUGGAACGGCUGCACGAGGAGUUGGCAGGGGAGGACAGGGAGUACGAGAUGCUGCAGGCGAUGUUGCUCGCGAGGACGAGGGAGGAGGGGGAGAAGAAGAGGAGGAAGCCGUGCGGUGGAGUUUACCAAGCCAAAGAGUUGUUGGAUACCCUUGUUUGAAUAGUUUGUUAAAUUGGCUCGAAUGACUUUAGAAUGCGUCCAGAUUGUUUGAAUGAUGUAUCGUCAGUUAAGUGAGUAAAAUAAUAUGACUAGUCCAACCAGAUUAAUCAACUGAAUGCUGAGCGAAAAAUUGCGACGGUUUCGAAAAUUUGAAUUGAAGUGUAAAGCUUGCUCUUCUUUUUAUAUCAUCAAUAAUAUGGACCAUACUACUAUAGUUUCUGAAUAAGUAAUAAUUCGAAGAGUAAUAUGUAUGGGGAAGACAACGUGAAGGCCCAUUUGUAUCGUUUCCCAGAAGCUCCUUUCUGGAUAUUUUCUAGAUAUUUCCAGUAAGGAGAAAUUGUUACUUCACUGAUUGUAACUGGACCAUGGUAAAUUUCGAUGAUACAUCAUUGAGACCUGAAACCUCCUUUACAGGGUUAUCAAAAUAUGGAAGAGUAUCACGUUUUCCAUUUCAUCGGGACGGAAAAUACAUUUUUUUAUUACAUGAAGGAAAAAUAAAUUAUCUUCUAGUCAAUAAUACUGAUAGUUUGGUGACUUGAACAAUUUUGUAGGUAUUUUUAAUAAUGACAGAGGUACUAUAAUGGCACCAGACAGUCAAUUUGAAUGACUCUGUAUACCUAAUUGAGAAAAAAUAGAGAAUAAUUCCAUCUGGGUUGAUCACUCCAUAUUUUGUGUCGAUCCCUCGAAUUUAUAGGUUACUAAAGUAGUAGUUGUAUUUGAUACAAUAUCCAACCAAAAAGACAUUAUCAAAAGUGCACCCUGACAUUUCUUUUCGUUAUUAUCAUUUUUCAAAUUUAUUUAAUACCAAAUAUUUUGUACCUAAUAGCUUUAUUAUUAACAAUAUAGUAUUAAUGUUUAUUGAAAGUCAAGUUUUGUUGAAUUUUGAGAUUAUUUGUAAUAUAUUAUUCCGAUU